CUAGAGGGAAAUGGAGAUGAAGAACAACGCCCAAGAGCAUCUUCAUCAUCAUGGCAGCACCAGGAAGCAUGGCCAAUGGAGUGCUUGUGUUCAUGCCCCCAAACAGUGCUGGCAUCAUCCACCAAGGCCAGGGAAUCUCUGGUGCCGUUUCCCAGACUCCUGAGAUGGUGCAAUGUGGGCCUCAACAAUUCAGAGUUAUGAACCCUGGGAACCAACCUCUUGGGUCAAUGUACCCCGGGAGUCCCGCUGAGCAGGUUGCACAGCUGAAGAAGGUAGGGAUGAUGGAGAUAUUCCUCAAAGCACAGCCCAAGACCCUGGGGGCCAUCCAGAUCCUGACUGGGCUGAUGCACAUUGGCUUUGGGGGUGUGUCUGCAGUUUUCGUCGAAUACUACUUUUCCAUCUCCAUUCUUGGAGGGUACCCCUUCUGGGGAGGACUUUUUUUCAUCAUUUCUGGAUCCCUCUCGGUUGCAGCUGAGAAUCGUGGCAACAUCUGUCUGGUGAGAGGCAGCCUGGGAAUGAACAUCACUAGUGCCAUCUUCUCAACCAUUGGGAUAGUUCUCUUCCUAACAGAGCUGAUUAUUAAUGUGUCAGAUUACAGGCACGACUAUGAGAGUGCUGGGAAGGGGAUCACGAUCAUGCUGUUCUUGAUGACCAUCCUGGAGUUCUCCAUCGCUGUCUCAACCUCGUACUUUGCAUCCCAAGCCAUCUGCUAUACCCCCAGCCCCACCAUGUUGUUCAUGCCAUAUGCUGCCAAUGCAGACUUUGGGGUUCCUUCUGCACCAAUGGUCCCUCCACCACCUUACACCAAUAUGGCUUAUGACCCCAAAGAAGAAACUGAGCCAGGGGCCUCAUAAAGAACUCCUACGAGAGAUGGCUCCAGCAGCAGCUCCUCUGAGAUGUAAAACUCAACCCUGUCCUGCAUGAUAGAUCUCAUUCCAUUUUCUGUGUGCAGUCCUAGAACUCAGCUCCGUCACUCAUCACAGAGAGAACUCGUUUUAAUCAGCUUCUCCCUGGGUCUGCACCAUUUGUCGAAUUCACAUUAUGCAAUGAAAUAAGAUGAUGACUCACCAGCACUAUCCAGCCCCCAGAGGCUUUGGCCCUGAA